GUCCUGGCACCUACACCCUGCCCAGGCUGGUGGGACCCAACACAGCCUACACCCACGCCAGCCCCUGCUACUCCAUGAAAGGGAAGAGUAAGCACAACGGCUUUGCUGAAGACCUCGCCAAGACGCCAGGUCCUGCUGCAUUCCCCAAGGUGGAAGUGGACACCUACAAGAAAAGGGCUCCCGUGUACACGAUGGGAAGCAAAAGUGGAAUUGGAGGUGACAAAACAGUGAAGCCAGGACCGGCAGACUACUGCCUGGGAAAG